UUUUUUGAGCCCUCCCCCCACCUCUCUCACACUCAUUCCUCUGUCCGUUCCGGUGGUAGACCCGUGAUGGAGACUCAGAGUUCUUAAACUGCGCCGGUAGAAAAGUGACUCCUCGUGGUCGAUUACGGCGAGGAUAAUAACGGUAAAAGAGAUCGAGAAUGGAGACGGUUGAGCAGCUCGUUUCGUUUAACCAUAUCCAAGUCCAGCUGAAGGGAGGCUCGCCUUGGGGCUUCACGCUGAAAGGAGGUCUCGAACACGGAGAACCGCUCAUCAUCACUAAAAUAGAAGAUGAUGGAAAGGCAGAACAGUGUAACAAGCUGAGGGUGGGAGAUGAGCUGGUGAAUAUUAAUGGAUCAGCCCUGUAUGGUUCACGACAAGAGGCCCUCAUCCUCAUCAAGGGAUCCUAUAGGAUACUGAAGAUCACCGUACGCAGACGCAGUAUACCUGUGAUCAGGCCUCACUCCUGGCAUCUGACCAGGCUGUCAUCAUCAGAGUCCCCCCCCAGUUCUACCCCUCUCCCCGCUCUCCCUGCCGACACCCUCCCCCCUCCUCCCCCCCCUGCCCCCCCCUCUGCCAUGCAGCUCCACCCUGGGCCCUACACACUACCCUGGCACUCGACAGCAGACACCAGUGAUCUGUCUAUCCAGUGGAAUCAGCUCUCCAGACACUACUCCACAGACCACAGCAGUUCUUUAGGUAGCAUGGAGAGCCUGGAGCCUCCUAGCAGCCAAGUGUACUACGAUUCCCAGAAUUCACCAGUGGACCCUGCCAUCUUCAACAACAAGAGGGACUACAAUUCCCCUGUUGACCCCGGCAUCUUCAACAACAAGAGAGACUACAAUUCCCAGAAUUCCAUAGUAGACCCUGCCAUCUUUAACAACAAGAGAGACUACGAUUCUCAGAAUUCCCCAGUGGACCCUGUCAUCUUCAACAACAAGAGAGACUACGAUUCCCAGAAUUCCCCUGUCGACCUUGUCAUCUUCAACAACAAGAGAGACUCUGCCUAUAGUUCUUUUUCAGCUAGUUCUAAUACGUCUGACUAUACUGUCUCACUGAGGCCUGGUGAAGCCUGUUCCAUGGACAAUAUCCUCCAGAGCCUGGGGCCAGGGGGGCCCACCAGCCAGGGGUAUGCCUGCGGCGAUGCACCGUCCCUGGGGAGGGAGUCAGGCGAGCCCCAAGAUGAGACCAGGACCUCUGCCUUACUAAAGUCUGGGUCACUGACCAGACCCAGAGUGAGGCGGCCAGAAGCGAAGGAGAGACCAUCUUCAUACUGUUUUGAGGACGAGAGGAGGAAGGGAGAAGGGGAGAUGGGUGGAGGAGAAGGGGAAAGGGAGGUUUCGAGUCCCCCCCAGCCACCGACCAGGAAGGACAGUUUCAGGGCCACCCGGGGUUGCUCCGGGGUCACAGAUGUCAAAGUACAACGAUGCAUCCCUGACCCCGUCGGAAUUCCCAGCCUUUCCCAUUGCCAUGCCGAAGACGAUGACGACGAUCUUCUGAACAUUCCGGGCGUUCUGAGCAACAACAGCUAUCCUGCUACUAGUGAGACGUCAAAGACUGAGGGAAACAGAAAUGGAAACAGGGUUGGGAAUUUCAAAGGUGAUUCCUUAGAGCAGUACUACACCCUUAUCUCCAAGAAAAAAAGUUCCCGUAAGGACAGCAACUCAGUGAUCCAGAAUAGCCACCCAGACCCCCUUUCCCCCCUCCUCCCUGCUCCAGAGAUAAGCUCCACUUCUCCCAUCUCAAGCUCCGGCCCUCCUGACACCUCCAUAGAUCCAGAACCCUUAGGGGAGCCCAGCCACCUCCUCCCCCAGAACAAGCACUCCUCAUUAGGUCUCUACAGACACAGCGCCCCUGAGAAACUCUUGUCCCAGCUACGUCUCCUAGAGUUCUCCAGCGACCCCUCAGACCCUUCAGACCGUAGCUCCGCCUCCCCCUCCAGCUCCCAGUGGUCUCAUUCCCCCUUUCACCCCACCAGAGAGAACCUAUCUGAGGAUCUAGGGAGUAACAACGCCCCUGUCCAACUCCAGGAGAACCAGGGGAAGUGGGGAGAGGGUGCUGGAGGAGGAGGGAGUCGCUGCUCUUCCCCAGGAUCGGUGGACAUCGAUGGGGUUAGAGAGGCAGAGGAGAUGGGAUUGGUGGUAGGGGGGGCUGCUGCUACUCUCCUCUCUCCCAUCCAGCUCCAACACCCCUGGGCUAGGUCAUUGAGUGUACCAGGAUCAGAGAAGCCUUCUGGAGGCUGUAACCGGGGAGGAGUGAGCUCUGAGCGGGUACGGAAGACAGACUUUGCGCCUCUCAGUGCUGCAGCAAGUGUGGAUAGCCUACUUGAGGAGAAUCUGAGAGGAGGAGGAAGAGAAGAAAGAAGAGGAGAAAGAGAGGCUGAUGAUGAUGGAGAGGUGCUGAUGAAGAAACCCAGGAGUCACCGUUCGUCCCGGUCACGCCGCCGCAGCGAACGCUUCGCCACGAACCUCCGAAAUGAGAUCCAGCGCAAGAAAGCUCAGCUGUCGAAGAGCAAAGGCCCAGGAGGGUUGCUCUACGGCGGGGAGACGGUCGAGGAAGAAGAGGGUCCUGACCUGGAGGACCUCCAGAGGGAAGAGGUUGACGAUCUCAAGGAAAGGUGCUCCCAGGAAAGGUGCUCCCAAGGCAGGUACACCUCGUCUGAUGACAGCCGAUCAGCUCCAGCCCCUGGAAGUCUACUGGCCUCUACUUCCACACCCCAGCUCCACCAGCUGUCCCCAACCCCAGUUUCAGCUCUGCAACCCCCCAGGGAUGAAGAUCCUGAACCACCAGAGGACCAAGACCAAGCGUCAGACCCAUCCAGGACCACCCAGAGGUUGGUUCCAGCCAUGCCCCGCUGCGAUGUGGGAAUCCAGGUGGUGGAGGAGCAAGAUCCAGCUGGUAUGGCUCGCCAAUGGAGGUGGACGCCCGAACACAAUCUCCAACUGGAAAUGGACACCGACCGUCAGGGCGAGAGGGUUACAGGGGCCCUGGGGUUAUCAGGACGAGGAAGAGCAACCUCCUCCUCUUCCUCCACCAUCACUCGUUCUUCUCGUACGGAGGAGUGUGAUGUUCUUCCUUUCGCGGAUCGUUGUAAGUUCUUUGAGGAGACCAGUAGGAGUAUGUCUGUGUGGAAUCUGCCAGGCCUGACGAGUCGAAGACAGAGGCCAGAUAGACACGGGAGGCAGCCUCAUCCAUCCACGCUGGAGAAUCAGGGAGGGGGCUACGGACAGGGAAAAGCCCAGCGGAGGUACUCGUACCAGGGGGGAAUCCAGAAGGAAAGUCCCCUAUCGAUUACAACCAUGGAGACCCGGAGACAAUUGAUUUGCAGCAACAGGGAUAGAGAAAAGGAGGGGGAGAGAGAAAAGGAGGGGGAGAGAGCGAAAGAGAGGGAGAGAGAGAAGGAGAGGGAGAGAGAAAAGGAGAGGGAGAGAGAGGAGUAUCCUGUCCCAUCCCAGCCGUUACCGCGGGAACAAACACAAAUCAACAGGAAGUUCAGCCUGACCGAGAGUCAGAUGAAAGACUACUGCUCAGAUGCCAGAGAUACUGACCACGAUGACCAACUGUCUUAUAAGAAACAGUUGAUGGAGAGUCUCCGUAAGAAGCUAGGAGUUCUGAGAGAAGCACAGAGAGGUCUACAGGAAGAUAUACGGGCUAACACACAGCUGGGAGAAGAGGUUGAGAGCUUGGUGCUAGUGGUCUGUAAACCCAACGAGGUGGAUAAGUUCAGGAUGUUUAUCGGGGACCUGGAUAAGGUUGUCAGUCUGCUGCUGUCUCUCUCUGGUCGGCUACUGAGGGUGGAGAGCUCCCUGGCCAACCUGGACACUGAGACUGGACACCACGAGAGGCUCCUCCUCCUGGAGAAGAAGCGACAGCUACAGGUCCAGCUGUCUGAAGCCCAGGACCUGAAGGAACACGUUGACCACAGAGAGCAGGCUGUAGGAAAGGUCCUGGGACGAUGCCUCUCCCCAGAACAGCACCGUGACUACAGCCACUACGUGAAGAUGAAGGCAGCAUUACUAGUGGAACAGAGACAGCUGGAGGAGAAGAUCAGACUGGGAGAGGAGCAGUUAAGGGGGCUGAGGGAGAGUCUGGGGUUGGGGUUAGGGCUGUCCAUGGGCUAUGGACACUAUUAAACCAACCAGGAAACCUUAAAGCUGGGGUUAGGGCUGUCCAUGGGCUAUGGACACUAUUAAACCAACCAGGAAACCUUCAAGCUGGGGUUAGGGCUGUCCAUGGGCUAUGGACACUAUUAAACCAACCAGGAAACCUUAAAGCUGGGGUUAGGGCUGUCCAUGGGCUAUGGACACUAUUAAACCAACCAGGAAACCUUAAAGCUGGGGUUAGGGCUGUCCAUGGGCUAUGGACACUAUUAAACCAACCAGGAAACCUUAAAGCUGGGGUUAGGGCUGUCCAUGGGCUAUGGACACUAUUAAACCAACCAGGAAACCUUAAAGCUGGGGUUAGGGCUGUCCAUGGGCUAUGGACACUAUUAAACCAACCAGGAAACCUUAAAGCUGGGGUUAGGGCUGUCCAUGGGCUAUGGACACUAUCACAUUGACAUGGGAAGAGCCUCAGUCUUGGCUUGGGUGGUUGGUCUAGAAAUAGAGGAGAACCUUGUUGGACUGGUUAGGGAUGGGACAUGGGAGGAUGGGCCUGGGGCAUUGGCUUUACUGAAAGGCCAGGAAGAAGAGAAGGUUAGUGGGUUAUGGGAGGGCUUGGGGUUGGAGAUGGGCCUGGGGUAUAGGCACUAUGGGGAGACAGCCAUCCUACACACUGAGACCCUACAGGAUGGGGAUAUGGGUACCACUGAACAACCCCAGUACGUCCUAAAAAAAAGUGCUGCCCAACUUUUCAAAAAACACUUCAGUCCAUUUUUCUUGACACUCAAAACUUCUUGAGAGUGUUUUAAGUCUUCACUUGGUAGUAUUGGUGAAUUAAAAACACACCUACCCUUUGGUGUUACAUUGGGGAUCAUUAACUUACCGACAUGAUCCCCACAAUCACAUGAUGGACGUUGUUGUUGUUUAGUGAACGUGUGUUCCUGAAGAGGCCUGGAGAAAGUAUUUAUUUAUUUAUAACUUCUCUGUAGACGACAGAGAGACUCUGGGGUGCUAGAAGAGUAUUUUUCCGUUAAACUGUUGAACAUAAUCAAAUAAUCUGUGCAGAAAAAGAGAGAAAAGCUCCUUCUUUCUCUCCACUCAUAAUCCAUUAUGUCCCAAUAUUAUCUCUACCAUACUACUUAGCAUCCAUGGACAACACAUUAUUCACUACAUACUCAGUAGUUUACAGUAUCCACUCAUAAUCCAUUAUGUCCCAAUAUUAUCUCUACCAUACUACUUAGCAUCCAUGGACAACACAUUAUUCACUACAUACUCAGUAGUUUACAAGUGUGAAUGUUGAGAUCCCGAUGACAUACAGUUGAAGUCGGAAGUUUACAUACACCUUAGCCAAAUACAUUUAAACUCAGUUUUUCACAAUUCCUGACAUUUAAUCCGAGUAAAAACUCUG